GUGUGGGGAAGCUUAAUUUCCUGAGGCUGACUAGGUAUUAAUAAUAUCGUUUUACUCCAUAAGGUCACCUCCUUACAUGCUAUUGGUAUUCUAAUUUUUUAAUAUUGAACGGUACGUGAGUUUUUUUGCGAAUAUAUAUAUUUACGCCUGAAAGAACAGCGGUACCCUGGCAUAAAUCCUCACGUAAGUGUUCAGAGGAUUUUAGAUUGUCCCCCAAGAAGGAGCUCUUUUAAGUGCUAUUCCUUCGCGGAUUCACGCAUCAGUUAACGAAUUAACGGGUUCACCCACUCACCGACUUGACUCAGCAAUUUCUUUUUUUUGAAUGUACGCGAAAUUUCACGAACACUUAUUUUGCUUUACCAUUCGGAUAUAUUUUUCUAAUGAGUACUCUUAGCUUAUCAAUAAUGAUAAAUUCUUUAUCGUUAUUGUGUAGCUAAUUUUUACUUUUCAAAAUGUUUCAUGAAAUUAUUUCGAUUUAGCUGUUCGAAUGUGCAAGGUAUUUUUAUAAUUUUUUUUGAAAUAGUAUUAUUUUGAAAAAAAUUAUAAAGGUAUUUUUGCUCCUUUUCGCGAAUUAGCUAUAAGUCUAGAGGGGGAAAAAAUAAAGAUAAAUAAAACAACCUUAUUUAUAGCUAAUUUUUCCUUUAUGAAAGCUUAAAAUGUUUCGGAAGAGAUAUAAGGUGUUACAUAUACUGUCGAAACAUGAAAAAAAGGAAAAUUCAUCAAAAAUUUCUGUAACUGCUGAUAUUGAAACGUUCAGGAAUUGUAAGGGUAAUGGUGCGCUAAAUAAAUGGUUUUUGUUCCUUAAAAUCUUUAUUGCUGCAUUUUUAAUAUGGAAUUUACAGUACCCUAGUAGUAGUUGCACCUCUGAUGAAUCCUGCGAUUGGGGUAAUGGCCUGCGAAAGAACCCCCCCAGCAGUGGUAAUCGAAUAUUAGUAGAAACUGAGUACAUUGAGAGAAUCAACCAUGGUGAUAAUCCAGCCCUGGGCUUCUCGCGUAAGCAAUACCUCCGGGAAAGCAAUAUAAAAUCGAGGUUCAGCAAAUUAGCAACGAAAUCAAAUGGUAAGGAGGAAAGAAUGAAAGAGAAAAUGAACCCUAAGCACAACACAGUGAAGGCAAAGUUUAAGGACCACUUUCUAAAAAGGGAAAAGAGAACAAAUCGAAUGAAUAUAAAGGAAAAUACCAACAUUUAUGAUCAUGUUCAGGACAUCUAUGAGGCAUAUAAUAAUAUGAAUAAUGACUUGAAUUCUUACAAGGAAAACGAACUUUUUAUUUUCCAUAAAAAUAAUGUAAAUGUGGGAAGCACGGGAAGCUAUAAAAAUGGAAGCAACAGUAGCGAUUUAAGUGAAAAUUACGACGAACUGGAGGGCGAAAAUGAAUCUGAUAGUUAUGACCCCAAUGAACAAGAUAAUUUAGGUAAGGAUGAUGAGGAGGGAGAUCAAGACGGCAAGGAGGAAGAUAAGAAAGAGGGAAAAGAAGAAGGUAAGGAGGGAGACCAGGGAAAAGAUGCGGGAAAGGAAGACAAGGGGGAAGAAGAUAAGGACGGCAAGGACGACAAAGAUAAGGAUGACAAGGGAGAUAAGGAUAAGGAUGACAAGGGAGAUAAAGAUAAGGGUAAAAAGGAUAAGGAUAAGGAUGAUGAUGAUGACGAGGACGACGAUGAUGAGGACGAUGAAAAAAAAAAAGCAAAAGCAGAAGAAUUCGCAGAAAAAAACUCGGUAAACUGUGGAUGUCCAUUUAUGGGUGAUAACACAGAAAAGGAGGGAUGCCCAUUUAAGGAGGACUGCAAAGAGAAGGGAGAAUGCCCGUUUAAGAAGGACUGCGAAGAAAAGGGAGAAUGCCCAUUUAAGGGUGAUAACACAGCAAAGGGAGGAUGUCCAUUUAUGGGUGAUAACAACGAAAAGGAAGGAUGUCCCUUUAAGGAGGACUGCGAAGAAAAAGGUGAUUCUACAGUAAAAUGUGAAUGUCCAUAUAAAAACAAGUAUGUAGAAAAAGACGAGUGCACCGAAACAGGCGAGUGUUCCAAAAAUUAUGAAUGUCCCUUUAAAAAUCAGAAUAAGGAAAAUGAGGGAGAUCCAUCUAAAGGUGAGGGUGCAGAAACAGAGGAUUCUGUGGAAUACGAAAGAUGCCCGUUCACAGGUAUAUGCUUAAAAAAGUACGGAUGUUCAUCGAAGGAUCAAGAUGCAGAAAAAGAGGAUUGUGCAGAGAAAGCAGAAUGCCCAUAUAAGGGCCAGGGUGCCGUGAAAGGGGAAUGCCCAUUUAAAAGUGAGUGUGAAAAGAAAGCAGAAUGCCCAUAUAAGGGCCAGGGUGCCGUGAAAGGGGAAUGCCCAUUUAAAAGUGAGUGUGCAGAGAAAGCAGAAUGCCCAUAUAAGGGCCAGGGUGCCGUGAAAGGGGAAUGCCCAUUUAAAAGUGAGUGUGAAAAGAAAGCAGAAUGCCCAUAUAAGGGUCAGGGUGCCGUGAAAGGGGAAUGCCCAUUUAAAAGUGAGUGUGAAAAGAAAUCCUGGUGCCCAUUUAAAGACCAGUAUAAGGAAAAUGAAGAUUCUGUUGAAUAUGAAAGAUGCCCAUUCACUGGUAUAUGCUUAAAGAAGUAUGAAUGUCCAUCCGAAGAUCAAGAUGAAGAAAAAGAGGACUGUGAGGAGAAAGCAGAAUGCUCAUAUAAGGGUAAGGGUGCCGUGAAAGGAAAAUGUCCAUUUAAAAGUGAAUGUGAAAAGAAAUCCGAGUGCCCAUUUAAAAAUCAAGAUGCAGAAAAUGAAGACUGUGCGAAAAAAACGGGGUGCCCCUAUAUGAGCAAAGGUUCAAUGAAAGGUGAAUGUCCAUUUAAGGGCCAGGGUGAUAAGGAAUCUUGGUGCCCAUUUAAAGACCAGUAUAAGGAAAAGGAGGACUGUGUAGAAAAAGAGGGUUGCCCGGAAAACAAAAAAUGUUCAUUUAAAGAUCAAGAUACUGUAAGUGACGAAUGUGCACAAAAGGCAGGAUGCCCAUAUAAGGGCCAGAGCGUGGACAAAAAAGAGUGCCCAUAUAAAGACCAAAGCAUGGACAAGAAAGAAUGCCCAUAUAAAGACCAGAGCUUGGACAAGAAAGAGUGCCCAUAUAAGGACCAGAGCGUGGACAAAGCCGAAUGCCCCUUUAAAGGAGAGUGUGGAAAAAAGGAUGACAAAUUCGCUAAGGGUGAAGAAAUAGAAAAGGAGGGAAAAAUAUCAAAAGAAGGAGACGGAGUUCUUUCGGACACAGAAGUAAGCUCGUUUGAAGAAAUAUUAAAGAAAGGCGAUGAUUUAACGGAAGAAUUAGCUACUGAAGAUGAGCUUUUUAAUAAGGAAGAUAUCGUGAAUGAAUUAGUAACGUUAGAUGCAAUGAUGAUGAAUGAAGAGCUGUCAAACGAAGUGGAACCACAAGCAGGAGUAGAAGUGGUAAUGCAAAAGGAAGAAGGGGAAAAGGAAGAUAUGGAAACAACAUAUGCAUUGGAAAUUUUCGGUAAGGAAGAAGGGGAAAAGGAAGAUGUGGAAACAACAUAUGCAUUGGAAAUAUUCGGUAAGGAACCAGAGGAACAAAAAGAUGUGGAAAUAACAAAUGCAUUGGAAAUAUUCGGUAAGGAACCAGAGGAACAAAAAGAUGUGGAAAUAACAAAUGCAUUGGAAAUAUUCGGUAAGGAAGAAGAAAUUCAAGACAGCAGCAUCCCAGAAAAGGAAAUACUGAAAGAAGAAAUUACGAAACUAGUUCAAGAGACAAAAGAAUCAAUAGAAAAAAUAAUCAACAAGAAAAUAGACAGUGAAGCUAAGGUUGAAUCUGAAAUGUCGAAAGAAAAGGACUUAGAAAUGGGAAAAGACGAAAUGAAACAGAAGGGAGCAACAGAAGAGGAAGAAGAAGCAAAGAAAUCCGAAGACAGUGUUAACCAUGGUAAGGAUGAUUCGUUACAAAAUCAAACGAAGAAAGAUUAUGCGGAAAAGCCUUUCCCAAAGGAGAAAUAUUAUGCAGAGAAGUUCAAAAGUCCAAGAGGAAAAUCAAGCAGGCUCAAACAAAAUCUAAAUGAAAAUGAAUCGUCCAAUAAACCCUUAAGCAAUGAUUUAGAAGAAAAUAUAUCUGCUGCUGAAACGCUAAAAGAAGAGGAAGCCAAAAAGGCAGAGGAAGAGGCCAAAAAGUUAGAAGAAGCCAAAAAGUUAGAAGAAGCCAAAAAGUUAGAAGAGGCUAAAAAAGCAGAGGAAGCCAAAAAGGCAGAAGAAGCCAAAAAAGCAGAAGAAGAAGCUAAAAAGGCCGCACAAGCUAAAAAAACUGCAAAUGUUAAAAAGGGUGCCGAGCCUAAAAAGACUGAAGAUGCUAAGCCAGCUGCUGAUUCCAAAGCAACUGUCGACCCGAAAAAAAAUUUAAAGGAUAAUACAAACAAUAAGGGUGGUAAACCCAAAACAACUGGUGAUGCUAAAAAAGCUGCAGGAAAACCGCCACGUAAAAAUUAAAAAAAAAAAAAAAAAAAAAAGAAAUACAAAAAUGUGCGAAAAAAAACACCAAAUUAGAUUAAAAACAUUUCAAGGUAUUUAGAGUACUAUCGGCAUGAACUUCAUAUCCAUAAUUAGAACAAUUGUAUGUCUACCAAAUGGUUUGCAUAUGAUAAUAUAUUAUAUUGUCUGACAAGGAUAUUUUAAGGGAACUUUAUUUUUCUCUAUAUAAUAUAUUAUAUAUACCAUGGUAGCAUAAUAAUGGAAUAUGAAUGUGCGUUUUAAUGGAUAGGUUUUUUUUUUUAAUGAAUGAAAGAAUGGAAGAAUGAUAAAUGAAAAAACGGAUGAAUUCCUUGAGGACAAAAGUACUAUCCCAGAUGGUCAAUGUAUCUAAAGGAAUAAUUCACUUAAAGCGAUUUACCUUAUAUGCUAUGUCUUUUUUGCUUAUGGCAAUUAGGAUAAUUUAGGGAAAGAAUAUAUUCUCUUAAAACAUCUAUGACAUUAGCCAAUUUUUAUUUCAUUAACGCGUUUUAUUUUGUGUACAUUUUAUUAUUAAUUUUUAAUGCAACGCUUUGUCCCACUAGUUGUGCACGUUCUUCUCAUGUUAUAUGUAUUUUACUUGUAUUGACGAUGCGCCGCUUUUGUCUAUAGGCCUUAUCAAUUUUUAAUUUGUGUGUAUGUAUAAAUGUAUAUAUAAAUGUAUAUAUAAAUAUAUGUAUAUAUUAUAUAUGUAUGUAUAAAUGCAUACACGUGCAGGUAAUACACGUUGCACAUGGCAUGCUCCAAUUAAUGUCUGGUGUUUAUAAUUUAGUUACACUAAAUUAUCGAUAAUAGCAUAUAAUUAAAAUUUAAAGAAAAGCAAAGGAAUGUCCUGUUUUUAUUUUUAUUCCCCAUGACUGUUGAACGCUUGUAUCGCGCUUUAACUUGAAAUGCAUGCUAAUUAAAGAACAGAACUUGUAUAUUUUGUCAUUUACCAGUUAAGAAAUUAAAUAUG